AUGGAAGAGUUAUUGUGGUUUGGUGAGGGUGAGAAAUAUGUAAAAGUUGUUUUCUCCCUGGCAAGUAAAAUUACACCUAGUGUUAUAUUUGUUGAUGAGGUUGAUAACAUGUUGGGCCGAAGGGAAAAUACUGGGGAGCAUGAGGCCAUGCGAAAAAUGAAAAAUGAAUUCAUGGUGAACUGGGAUGGCUUACGUACAAAGGAUACCGAGCGAGUUCUUGUGCUUGCAGCCACUAAUAGGCCUUUUGACCUUGAUGAGGGGUAUUCUGGAACUGAUCUUAAGAAUUUGUGUGUAACUGCUGCGAACCGUCCAAUUAAAGAGAUAUUAGAAAAGGAGAAAAAGGAACAUGCUGCUACUCUAGCAGAGGGUAAACCUGCUCCGGCAUUAAGUGGAAGUUCCGAUAUCAGAUCACUAAACAUAGAAGACUUUAAACAUGUUCAUCAACAGGUAUAUCAAGCAGCAAUCAAGCUUCCGGGCGAUGCCUAA